GGCCGCGCGCCAGAGGCGAGCGCGGCUCUCCUUCUGCGGGUCCCUCCGCAGCCUGGAAGGUUCGCUUUCUCUCCGCCGCCCUUUUCUCUGCAUUGAAAAGCCCCAUCCGUCCUCCCAGUACCGCCUCCUUCGAGCGCCCCCCCACGCCACCGCCUGGAAUGGUGCGGUCGCGGGUCACGCGGCGGGGUGGGUGUGGCCUGCGCCCGGCCCAGGCGACUCUUCUUGUUGCCUCUGCGGGUAUCCGGAGAGUGGCGUUGGCUCCUGGAGCGAUGCUGGGCCGGAGUCUCGUCGCCUUCGUCCUUCUGGCUGCCGCAGUCAGCUGUGCCGUGGCGCAGCACGCGCCGCCGUGGACAGAAGACUGCAGAAAAUCUACCUAUCCUCCUUCAGGACCAACGUACAGAGGUCCAGUUCCAUGGUACACCAUAAAUCUUGAUUUACCACCCUACAAAAGAUGGCAUGAAUUGAUGGUUGACAAGGCACCAAUGCUAAAGGUUAUAAUAGGUUCUCUGAAAAAUAUGGUAAAUACAUUCGUGCCAAGUGGAAAAGUUAUGCAGAUGGUGGAUGAAAAAUUGCCUGGCCUACUUGGCAACUUUCCUGGCCCUUUUGAAGAGGAAUUGAAGGGUAUUGCCGCUGUUACUGAUAUACCUUUAGGAGAGAUCAUUUCAUUCAAUAUUUUUUAUGAAUUUUUUACCAUGUGUACUUCAAUAGUAGCAGAAAACAAAGAAGGUCAUCUAGUACAUGGGAGAAAUAUGGAUUUUGGAGUAUUUCUUGGGUGGAACAUAGAAAAUAAUACCUGGGUCAUAACCGAGGAACUAAAACCUUUAACGGUGAACUUGGACUUCCAAAGAAACAACAAAACUGUCUUCAAGGCUUCAAGCUUUGCUGGCUAUGUGGGCAUGUUAACAGGAUUCAAACCAGGACUGUUUAGUCUUACACUAAAUGAACGUUUCAGUAUAAAUGGCGGUUAUCUGGGUGUUCUAGAAUGGAUUUUGGGAAAGAAAGAUUCCAUGUGGAUAGGGUUUAUUACUAGAACAGUUCUGGAAAAUAGCACAAGUUAUGAAGAAGCCAAGAAUAUACUGAUCAAGACCAAGAUACUGGCCCCAGCGUACUUUAUCCUGGGAGGCAACCAGUCUGGGGAGGGCUGUGUGAUUACACGAGACAGAAAGGAAUUGUUGGAUGUAUAUGAACUCGAUCCUAAGCAGGGUAGAUGGUAUGUGGUACAAACAAAUUAUGACCGUUGGAAAAAUCCCUUCUUCCUUGAUGAUCGCAGAACGCCUGCAAAGAUGUGCCUGAACCGCACCACCCAAGAGAGUAUCUCCCUGGAAAGCAUGUAUGAUGUCCUGUCAACAAAACCUGUCCUCAACAAGCUAACCGUAUUCACAACGUUGAUAGAUACUACCAAAGGUCAGUAUGAAACGUACCUGCGGGACUGCCCUGACCCUUGCAUUGGUUGGUGAGCACACAUCUGGCCUACGGAAUGCACCCUCUGAGACAUGAAGACACCAUCUCCAUGUGGCCGAGUACUGCAGCCUUCUGACCUUCCGCAGACGAAGACUUGGGGCAGGUUGCCUUUGAGUCAGGAGCUCAUCUUCCCCCAAAUGUUUACAAUUCACAGACUAUUCUUUUUGCCCUAUCAGUUGAUUUUUCUUAUUUGCAGAUAAUUCUUUAGGUGAAGUAAAACAACCAUCUAGAAUUCAUUGAGUUUUGUUUCACUUUGACAUUUGGGGAUCAGGUGGGCAGUGGAACCAUGGUGAGCUCUACCUCCCUGAAUAAAUGGAGAGUCAGCGUGAGUGGUUAAUCUAGCACAUCUGUCUGAGUAACAGUAAACAGUCCACAUUCUUCAGUUUUUUACUUUUAUCUACAUAUUUGUAUUGUUUUUCUGUAUAGCAGGCUUUUCCUUCUGGUUCUAACUAUUAUUAAAAUUAAUAUACCAGCCAGGUGCGGUGGCUGACGCCUAUAAUCCCAGCACUUUGGGAGGCCAAGGUGGAUGGAUCACAGGGUCAGGAGUUAAAGACCAGCCUGGCUAAGAGAGUGAAACUGCAUCUCUACUAAAAUCUAUAAAAAGUAGCAGAGUAUGCUGGCAGGUGCCUAUAAUCCCAGUUACUUGGGAGGCUGAAGCAGAAGAAUUGCUUGAACCCAGGCGGCAGAGGUUACAGUGAACCGAGAUCACACCACUGCACUCCAGCCUGGGUGACAGAGUGAGACUCUGUCUCUAAAAAAAAAAUUAAUAUACCAUUGUCUUUGCUGUUAGUGACAGCAAUAUAACUUUAUUACAUGUGAUUAGGGAAAUGAAACAGACAUUCAUUCACCUUGUAUUUCUUUAAAGGGAAAAAGGGCCAUUGACUCUAAAUAGCACUUUUUGGGGUUCAAUAAGUAAUCAGUAUGCAAGAAAGUAUUUUAUAAGAUAGUUGAAGUGUUCCCUUUUUCAUAAUUAGUCUACCUCCCAGUAACCCUAAGGAAGUUGCUAACUUAAAAAAAACCGCAUCCCAAGUUCUGUGAAUUUAGUAAAUAAACAAGUCAAAGACUUGUGGAAAAUAGGAAGUGAAUCCAUUAUUUUAAAUUCUGAUAAGUAGCAUUCAUGUAAUAAACAGGUUUUUAGUUCUUCAAAUCAACAUGUAUUUUUAAAGAACUUUUAGUAGUUACUAAAAAUGUUUUUCAGAAAUCAAACUACUUAUGAAAAGUACUAAUAGAACUUGUUAACCUGUCUAACCUUCAUGAUUAACUGUGAAAUGUACGCCAUUGGUAUUUGUACAAGACUGUGUCCACUUCAUUUUGUAUAAUCACAGUUGUGUUCAUGACACGCAAUAAACAGUCACUGGAAAGAGUGCCAGUCAUCAGUCA